CCCUUUUAUUUACCAAAAAGAAAAAUACUUUCAGAAAAAUCUCAGCUGAAAUUUCAUUCACUUCACAUCAAUCGAAGAAUCACUAAGCUCAAAACCAACACAGUAGGAGUAUCGAUUUUUCAACACUGUUUUCUACAUUUAUUUUUUAAUAUACAUGUAGGUCGCUCUCUCUAGCUCAUCUGGUUCAUUCCUCGAACUGCCACCAGUUUGAGCAAGAUGGCUAAUCCAAAUAAUGUUGAGCUGGAGGCAGCAAAGUUUCUGCAUAAGCUUAUUCAAGAGUCUAAAGACGAGCCGACAAAAUUGGCUACAAAGCUUUAUGUGAUUUUACAACAUAUGAGAUCCAGCGGGAAGGAGAAUUCAAUGCCCUAUCAAGUAAUAUCAAGGGCCAUGGAGACUGUUGUCAAGCAACAUGGUCUUGAUAUUGAGGCUUUAAUGUCCUCACGUCUUCCUAUGUCUGCGGGAGUGCAAGUAGGAGAAGCUGCAUCAUCACAAGUAGCUGGAUCUUCACAGAGGGCCGGUGUCACUAGAGAAUCGAAAGCCAAUUUGCUGGGAAACGAGAUGGUUAAACCAGAUGCAUAUGCGUCAAACAGUGCAGUUAGUGGUCCAAGCGGCAGUGGACAUGGUAUUUAUCAAGCAUCUGCACCACAAAUAAGUGGUACAGGCGUCAAAGUUCCUGUAAUGGCGCCUUCUGCGUCUAAUUCAUCUCAGCCAGUAGAACCAGGAAUUUCAAGUCCAGUGCAGUUUGGAAGUCCUUCAAUUGACAAUCAUGGUUAUGCAGCAAAAUUGCACAAAGAUGGAAGCACGGAACCUUUCUCUGGUUCAACCUCGGUUGAUCUUGUUGCCGGCAGAACUGCAGCGGGAAGAGCACUAGAGCAUGAAGGAGGAUCUAGUAUGUUGGGAAAUGCUAGCAAGAUCAGUCAGGGGGGCAUGCCUAACAAUGCCCCGGAGAAGAGUAUGCUUAGAAGUGAAACUAUCAGAGAUGCAGGGAAGUUACCUGUUGCAGCUCAGGCUCCUGUAUCUUCCAUGCCUUUCAAAGAACAUCAUUUGAAACAGCUUAGAGCACAAUGUCUUGUGUUUUUGGCUUUUAGGAAUGGUUUAAUGCCUAAGAAGCUUCAUCUUGAAAUUGCUCUUGGAAACUUCUAUCCCAAAGAAGGAAGGGAGCAACUGCUUACUGACCAAGGCAGUGCAUCUGAAGUCACACGGCCAUUAGGAGGAGCUGGCGAAACUGACAGGCUUUCUUCUGGGCCUACGUCCUCUGGAGUUCUUGCUGAUACAAAUCCGUCAAUGGAGGCUGAGAAUGCUAACUUGAUGGAAGAUAAAAGUAGUCAGCUUGAUCCUUCUGAGCAUGCGGACGAAAGGAGGCCUCAAAGAAAGAUGAGAAUGAUUCAGGAUGCUGAAGUGCCCAUCCAGGAUGCUACAGAAUCACUGGCACCUGCUCUUAGAGGAGUACCGAUCGAUUCAAAACCCUUAGCUCCCAAUAAUCAUGAGCAUGCUCCCGCAAAUACUGAACAACUUGGAAUGUUUCCCCAAGCUUCCUCUGUUACGAGCACAAGCAUGCAAAUGAAGCCUGAUCUUAGUGGUUGGAGUGGAACUGAGGCGUCAAAGUUAUCACCACCUGCCUCUGCCAAUACCCAUGAAUCUGGUCUGCUAAUGAAAGAUUGUCCUGCUGAUAGCAAUGCUCAAGGAAAUCGACAUGCUGAUAGUAACUUGCCUAGUUUACCCUUGAGGCAACAGUGGAAAUCUGUUCCUGGAGCAAUUAAUCAGAGUCCUGUAACAAUGCAAGUGAAGGAUUCAAAUAUAAUGCUGAAAAAUCUGUCACAAGUGCAAGAAACAGAUCAAGAGGAUGAAAAUAUUUCAGCAUCCACAGAUAGGUUACCAUCUCCAAGGCAUACAAUGAUGGAGAAAUGGAUUUUGGAUCGGCAGAAAAGGAAACAUCUUAGUGAACAGAAAUGGUCGGAGAAACAGCAAAAAACGGAAAAAAGAAUUGCUUCUUGUGCAGAGAAGUUGAAGGAAUCGGUGAGCUCCUCUGAGGAUAUCUCUGCAAAAACAAAAAGUGUCAUUGAGCUGAAAAAGCUUCAAUUGCUGGAGCUGCAGCGCCGUCUACGGAGUGAAAUUCUCAAUGAUUUUUUCAAACCAAUAGCAGCUGACAUGGAGCGCUUAAAAUCAAUCAAGAAACACAGAAUUGGGAGGAAAUCAAAGCAACUUGAAAGAUAUGAACAGAAAAUGAAGGAAGAGCGUCAAAAAAGAAUUCGUGAGAGACAGAAGGAGUUCUUCAGCGAGAUUGAAGUUCAUAGGGAAAGAUUGGAAGAUGUAUUCAAAAUGAAGAGAGAACGUUGGAAAGGUUUCAAUAAGUAUGUUAAAGAGUUCCAUAAAAGGAAGGAACGGAUACAUCGUGAGAAGAUUGACAGAAUCCAGCGUGAAAAAAUUAAUUUACUGAAAAUCAAUGAUGUUGAGGGAUACCUUAGAAUGGUUCAGGACGCAAAGUCGGAUCGUGUUAAACAACUACUAAAAGAGACGGAAAAGUACCUCCAACAGCUUGGAUCCAAAUUAAAGGACGCUAAGUCAAUAGCAAGAAAAUUUGAUACCGACAUGGGUGACAAUAGAAGCACUGGUGUGGUUGAGGAGGAUGAAAUUGACUUCGGUGAUGAGGAUGAAACAGAUCAGGCUAAGCAUUACUUGGAAAGCAAUGAAAAAUACUAUAUGAUGGCACAUAGUGUAAAGGAGACCAUUGCAGAGCAGCCUACUUCUCUCAAAGGUGGAAAAUUAAGGGAGUACCAAAUGAAUGGAUUGCGAUGGUUGGUUUCGCUCUACAAUAACCAUUUGAAUGGAAUUUUAGCUGAUGAGAUGGGACUCGGUAAAACUGUUCAGGUUAUAUCCCUAAUGUGUUACCUGAUGGAAGCCAAAAAUGACAGAGGACCUUUUCUGGUGGUAGUGCCAUCCUCUGUCCUGCCUGGAUGGGAGUCAGAGAUAAACUUUUGGGCACCAGAUAUGCUCAAAAUAGUUUAUUCUGGACCACCAGAAGAGCGGAGGAAGCUUUUCAAGGAAAGAAUAGUUCAUCAAAAGUUCAAUGUUCUUUUGACAACAUAUGAGUAUUUGAUGAACAAACAUGAUCGGCCAAAACUAAGUAAAAUAAAUUGGCACUAUAUCAUAAUUGAUGAAGGCCAUCGCAUAAAAAAUGCUUCUUGCAAGUUGAAUGCUGAUCUCAAGCACUAUCGCAGUAAUCAUAGGUUGCUGUUGACGGGAACUCCUCUUCAGAACAAUCUUGAGGAGCUCUGGGCACUCCUUAACUUCCUUUUGCCAAAUAUCUUCAACUCAUCAGAAGACUUCUCACAAUGGUUUAACAAACCAUUUGAGAGUAAUGGUGACAACUCUGCUGAUGAGGCUUUGCUCUCCGAGGAGGAAAAUCUUUUGAUCAUAAAUCGUCUGCACCAAGUUCUGCGUCCGUUUGUACUUAGGAGAUUGAAACACAAGGUUGAGAAUGAAUUACCUGAAAAGAUUGAAAGGCUUGUUAGAUGUGAAGCUUCUUCAUAUCAGAAGCUUUUGAUGAAGCGGGUGGAAGAAAACCUUGGUGCAUUCGGAACUUCAAAGGCUCGCUCAGUCCACAAUUCUGUUAUGGAGCUACGCAAUAUUUGCAAUCAUCCAUAUCUUAGCCAGCUUCAUGUGGAGGAGAUUCACGAGUUAAUUCCCAAGCAUUAUCUGCCGAACAUUGUGAGGAUUUGUGGGAAGCUUGAGAUGUUGGACAGACUACUGCCAAAACUUAAGGCAACAGAUCAUCGGGUCUUGCUUUUCUCAACAAUGACCAGGCUGCUUGAUGUAAUGGAGGAUUAUCUCUGCUGGAAGGAAUAUAAGUACCUUCGCUUGGAUGGACAUACGUCUGGGGGCGAUAGAGGUGCCCUUAUUGAUAGAUUUAAUCAGCCGAAUUCUCCAUUCUUUAUAUUUCUGUUGAGUAUUCGUGCUGGGGGAGUUGGAGUGAAUCUUCAAGCUGCUGAUACAGUGAUACUUUUUGACACGGAUUGGAAUCCUCAGGUUGAUCUCCAAGCACAGGCAAGGGCUCAUAGGAUAGGUCAAAAGAAGGAUGUUCUUGUUCUUCGAUUAGAAACAGUCCAAACCGUUGAGGAACAAGUUAGAGCUGCUGCGGAGCACAAACUUGGAGUCGCUAACCAAAGCAUUACUGCUGGAUUCUUUGAUAAUAACACAAGUGCGGAGGAUCGAAGGGAAUACUUGGAGUCCCUCUUGCGUGAAAGCAAAAAAGAGGAAGCUGCACCCGUUCUUGAUGAUGAUUCUUUGAAUGAUCUCAUAGCGCGAAGUGAGCCAGAGAUUGAUAUAUUUGAAUCAAUUGAUGGAAGGCGUGAAGAAGAGAUGGAAGUCUGGAAGAAGUUGUGUUCAGAAAGUGUAACACAAAGUUCAGAGCCCAUUCCUCCUUUGCCCUCUCGGCUUCUUACUGAUGAAGACUUGAAACCAUUUUAUGAAGCAAUGAAAAUAAAUGAUAAGCCAGCUGUGGCUCCUAACCCUGGGUUAAAACGGAAAGGUGAGAGUCUUGGGGGCCUUGAUAUCCAACAUUAUGGACGUGGAAAAAGAACAAGAGAGGUUCGCUCAUAUGAAGAGCAAUGGACAGAAGAGGAAUUUGAGAAAAUGUGCCUUGCUGAGUCUCCUCAAUCACCUAUUCCAAGGGAAGAAAUUCAGGAAAAGAAAUUGCUUCCAGUCUCUGGCAGUUGUCCUGCUCCUGUUGUUGCCAUUGGUGAAAUACAAACACCAGCACCGGAUCAAUCUCCUCCCCAGCAGCCUGCGCAAGAACUUCCCCAACAGCCUGCCCAAGAACUUCCGCAACAGCCUGCACAAGAGCUUCCCCAACAACUUGUUGGGCCGAUAGUUCAACAAAGCCCUGUGACCGUGACUCCGCCAUCUAAACGGGGCCGCGGAAGGCCAAGGAGGACAGCAGUAGUGACUGAAAUCUCACCGUCCCCUGUCGUUCUUUCAGCAACCGCAGCUGUAAAGGUGGAUAGCAUAUCAGUUGCAGAAAAUACUUCUACCAGUCAGGCAACUUCUGGGCCUGUUUCUGUGUCCAUUCCUUGUGCUUCCUCUGUGGAAAGUACCAGUGCAACUAUCCUAGAGAGUGCUACUGCUGUUGCUCCUUGCCAUCAGCCAGUUGUUCCUUCUGUUGCUUCUCUGUCUGGUCCUCCUUGUCCUCCUACAAGUGGGCAGGGUAGGGGACGAGGUAGAGGGCGAGGUCGAGGUCGAGGGCGAGGUCGGAAGGUUGAAAAUGGAGGAGAAGCUCCAGGGCGUAGAGGAAAACGACAGAGUGUUACAACAGAGGCGUUUCUCUCCCCUCCAACUCAAGCAAUAAGUGAGCCUGUCUCGGCAGCACAAGGUGUGAAUGUUUUGAGCUCUUCAAGUCACCAUAUGCCUCCAACACCUCCCUCAAUGGGCAAGCCUGAUCUGGUACCACAGGUAGUGGCAGGUUUGGGUUCAAAAGACCUUGGUCAUGCUCCUGCUUCCGUGAGAGAUGCUAAUAAGGAACUGAAUUCAGUUUCUAUGAUGCCUCUUGCAUCAUCUUCCACUAGCAAGGAAGUAAUCUCUGUUUCAACUGUUCCUGUUAUUCCAUCAUCUUCUUCCAGCCAGGACCCUAGUUCAAUUUCACCUGCAAUCCGUUCAUCCUCAAAAAACCAUUCAGAAGACCAUCUUUCCUUCUCUGCUGCCCAGACCGAAGCUACUCCGCAAGCUAAUGCAAUUUCAGUUGUGCCUCAUACUUCACCUUCGGCUAGCGUGGAACCAAGUUCUGCGUCACCUGGUCCUCUUCUUACAUUAACCUCCAAGGACUCCGGUUCAGUGUUACCUGCUCCUGUUCCUGCAUCAUCUUCUGCAUGCAUGGAACUAAGUUCAGUUUGCCCUGUUCCUGCUGUUGCAUCCUCCUGUUCCAGCAUGGGUCCAACUUUGUCAGCACCUGCUCCUCUUCUUUUAGCAUCUAAUGCAACAGGCAAAUUAGAUUCUGGAUCAGAUAAGGGGACAUUUUCUUGCUCUUCUGCUAUUUCAGGUCAUGAUGAUUCUUUAUGUGAUUCUUCUAUCUUGAAGAAUAUUGGUCAAGGAGAUUCUGGUGUAGGAACUGGUCAUACUUCCGAUCCAGUGCCACCAUUGCCUGCAAUUUCAUCGGUUUCACAGUAUAACACUCCUCCCACUGCACCUAAGCCAGGUAGAGGACGAGGAUGCAAGCCUCAAACUGGAAGUGAGCCACCACGGCGCAGGGGGAAGAGACAGGAUUUGAUCACCACAACUGUUACUGAGGGGUUAGGUGCUCAGGAUCCAAGAUCAAUUGAACCCCCACAAAAGAGAACCAGGUUAUCCGUUGGGAGGAAGCCCAACUACAAGAAGCAAGCGUGAGAAUGAAGCUCAACAAGUAGUUGUAGACCAGUCGGUUGCAUCUCAAAGGACUCCAGAUUUUUCUGGGGGACAAAUCCAAGAUAUGGUCC